CUCCCCCCACCUCCCCGUAUGGUGUGGUGCUGCUGUUGCUGGCUCCCCUGGCCAUUUUGCUGUGGAGGGAGAAAUGAGGCGGCAGCAGCAGCAGACGCUGCAGUGACCACCACAGAGGAGGAGCGAGGGGGGGGAUCGAGAGAGACCCAGACCUAGGACUUGGUUGGGGGGGGUAUUUUGCGCAGCCAAAGGAAUUUUUGUGGGGGAGGGGAAGGGGUGGUUGAUUUUUUUUUUGUGGGGAGAGGGGGGAAAAAAGGGGCAAGACCCCCACUGGCUGAUUAUCCCCCCACUCUCCAGUGCAACCCCCCUCACCCUCCUCUUCGGAGCUGCUGGAACCAUGAGCUGGGGGACAGAGCUGUGGGAUCAGUUUGACAACUUAGAAAAACAUACACAAUGGGGAAUUGAUGUUCUGGAAAAAUACAUCAAGUUUGUAAAAGAAAGAACGGAGAUUGAAAUCAGCUAUGCAAAACAACUUAGGAACCUUUCAAAGAAAUAUCAACCCAAAAAGAACUCCAAAGAAGAGGAAGAAUACAAGUACACAUCGUGCAAAGCCUUCCUAGCCACCUUGAAUGAAAUGAAUGACUAUGCCGGCCAGCAUGAAGUCAUUUCAGAGAACAUGACUUCUCAGAUCACUGCGGAGUUAGCACGCUUUGUGCAAGAGCUGAAACAGGAAAGGAAAUCGCACUUUCAUGAUGGCAGAAAGGCACAACAGUACAUUGAAACUUUCUGGAAACAGCUUGAAGCAAGUAAAAGGCGGUUUGAACGUGAUUGCAAGGAAGCCGAUAGAGCACAGCAGUAUUUUGAGAAAAUGGAUGCUGACAUCAACGUUACGAAAGCAGAUGUUGAAAAGGCAAGACAGCAAGCACAAAUACGACAUCAAAUGGCAGAAGACAGCAAAGCAGAAUACUCAUCCAUUCUUCAGAAAUUCAACCACGACCAACGCGAACAUUAUCACACCCACAUACCAAACAUCUUCCAGAAAAUACAAGAGAUGGAGGAAAGGAGGAUAGUGAGGAUAGGCGAAUGCAUGAAAACCUAUGCAGAAGUGGACCGCCAGGUGAUCCCCAUAAUUGGGAAGUGUCUGGAUGGAAUAACAAAGGCAGCAGAAUCAAUUGAUCAGAAAAAUGAUUCACUACUGGUAAUAGAAGCCUUUAAAUCAGGGUUCGAACCACCAGGAGAUAUUGACUUUGAAGACUUCACUCAGCCAAUGAAACGCACUGUCUCGGAAUCCAGCCUUUCAAAUUCCAGAUGGGAUGGAAAAUCUGAACCCAAGCCUGGCAGCAAAUCCAAGGGCAAAUUGUGGCCAUUCAUCAAGAAAAAUAAGCUUAUGUCCCUUUUAACAUCCCCCCAUCAGCCCCCUCCUCCUCCCCCUGCCUCUGCCUCACCCUCUGCUGUUCCCAACGGCCCCCAGUCUCCCAAGCAGCAAAAGGAACCCCUCUCCCAUCGCUUCAACGAGUUCAUGACCUCCAAACCCAAAAUCCACUGCUUCAGGAGCCUAAAGCGCGGGAAUCACUCUUUGUAUUUUCACAAAGAACUCAUGAAGAGGACUUUAGGGAAACCCACGUGUGCCGUUGAGGCUAGGGACUAUGUUGUAAGUUUGUGUAUGAUAACUUUGAAUACGCAGGUCUGGAAUCUAAUAGAGGGGGGAGGACCAGAGGACUUCAGCAAUCUCCCACCUGAGCAAAGAAGAAAGAAACUCCAGCAAAAGGUUGAUGAGCUAAACAAAGAGAUUCAGAAGGAGAUGGAUCAAAGAGAUGCCUUAACAAAAAUGAAAGAUGUCUACAUCAAGAACCCACAGAUGGGAGAUGCAGCCAGUGUGGAUCACAAAUUAGCUGAACUGGGACAAAAUAUGGAAAAGUUGCGACUAGAGGCUCAGAAAUUUGAGGGUUGGCUGGCUGAGGUUGAAGGCAGGCUACCUGUGCGGACUGAGCAGAGCAGACGACAGAGUGGAAUGUAUGAUACCCAGAACACAUCAGGCCUCAAUAACUGUGCACAGGACCGGGAGAGCAGCCCAGAUGGCAGUUACACAGAGGAGCCAAGUCAGGAGAGUGAGAUGAAGGUGCCAGUGACAGAGUUUGAUGACGAGUUUGAUGAUGAAGAGCCACUCCCUACCAUAGGAACCUGUAAAGCUCUCUAUACAUUUGAAGGUCAGAAUGAAGGCACAAUUUCAGUAAUGGAAGGUGAAAUGCUCUAUGUAAUAGAGGAAGACAAAGGCGAUGGGUGGACGCGAAUCCGGAGGAAUGAAGAUGAGGAAGGUUAUGUCCCAACAUCCUAUGUUGAAGUCUAUUUGGACAAAAAUGCCAAAGAUUCCUAAAGGUGUUUGUGUUGGUGCAAGAAGCUGGGGCGAGCUUGUCACAGAAGGAGAAACAAAUGGUCUGUUUACCCUGCAGGCAGUUAAAAUUCGCCCAUACAAACAGACUCCUGGUCUGGUGUGGAGUCAGCACUUGAAAAAACUGAAAUCUAAAUUCCAUCCCAACAUUACUCAGCCGCUUGCUCUUUUUUAUGGCAUGUUACUUGUGGCUCAGACUAACUUACUGACGUUUCCCAUUGUUCUGCCAACUGGGCAUUGCCCUUCUGUAGAGCAUAACCAACAAACCCCACCCACCCCCACCACUAUCUUACCCACAACCAGACACAAACGGCUGGCUGCACUUGGAUGCAAAGAGUAACCAGAGAAUCCCAUGCAUGUGCUAGUUGGGAUUCUAUCCUCCCGUGGCCCUCAGCCCAUCUGAAUGUCUGCACUGGUCCAUCAGCAUUUCACAUGGUGCCUUUAGUGCUAAUCCUGCAGGCAGACUCAUCAGACAGCUAGGGAAGGAGGUACAUACAAGUGGAAAGCCAGUUAACAGGAACAAUAUGACAGCAGCUGGACUGACCCCCGAAUCGGAUUAUGUUAAAUUUUACACACCCAUUAUUUCAUAUUACACCUUCCCCAAAAGAUCCCAAAUGUCAAUCAGCCUUUUUACAAAUGGCUGGUGCUCCCUCGAAGCAUUCAAUCCCCGUUGGCUUUUGCUGUGUCCUGCGAGCCUAGCAACUCAUGAGUGUCUGCUUGCUUUCCUGCUCACUCUCACAAACAAACACACACAAUGGAAUUUUGGUUUAAAGUCACAUUUUCCCCCUCACCAAGACCUCCAUUUGAAUCUUGUUUCAGCCUGCAUGCUCGCCCUGUUGCCUUGCCUGCGCAUACCUUCCUAACGGCUCGUUCUUCUGAAUCUCUUUCCAGUUUUUUAGCAUUUCAGACCUGCCUUCUCCCUUUGCAUGAGCUCCUGUGCACUCUCAUCAGUGUGAACAGCAGAAAUUACGUUAAAAAAAAAAACAACGGCAUUCCCCUCCCCUCCUCCAUCUCGCCACGGACUGGACUUUUGCCCAGGCGUUUCAGACAGGAAUCCGGACUUAUCCAUCAUCAUCAACCAUCCUGUUGUCAUGUGAUCUUAUUUAAAGGAGAAACAUUUUGAUGGUGGUGCUGUACCUAGUGCAGAGGAAGUUAUGCUGCUUCCAAAUAUCAAGUGAUCUGGAGCCAAACUCCCUAAAGAGGGGUCAGGUUGCUUUCUAAGCUCCUAAAACUGAGUUUCUCGCUUUCCUUCUCCCAAAAUCUUCACAUAACUAGGCUAUUGCAGAAAUCAGAUACCUCCUCAAACCUUGUCUAACAGCAGCCAGUGGGUAAUAAGAUCAGCUUACCAAGACCUGUCUUAGUAGCGGGGGGAAAUCCCAGCUCUUAAGAAAUAUCCUGGAUUUUUUGUAAAAGGCCUGGAAUAAGAGAGAAUUAAAAUGGAUGCCAUCAUGGCUAGUGGCCCUAAAAUGAGACCUGUCAGUUUUGGUUUGCAGGCAGGCCUGUGCAUGUUGCAAUGCUGUACCCUGUUCUUGUGAGCAGGGACAAUAGUAAAAUAUAGUAUCCAAGAAUUGUGCAUUCUUAUGUAGGGUAUCACCUAGCUCUUCCCAUUUUAGGAUGAGGUGGUUGUCUUUAAGGUGGGUUAAAUGUUGUGUUCACAAUUUUGUCCCUCUUAAAAUAAUAAUAAUAAAAAUCCUCAUUUUUAAUAGCAGAGUUCUUCACUUCUACAGUAGUUAAUACUGUGGCUAAUGCUUCAUCAUGCUUAAUAACUAUGAGCCUCAGCAAGCAAGAAGACAAUUUUUUUUAAUCAAGUUAACAUAGGUCAGGAGGCUGCGUUGUCUAAGCAGAUAGUACAAACUUAGAAACCUCUGAAGCCCUUCUGCUGCAAUGUUAUCACAGUCGGAAGGGUCAAAAAUCAGCUCAACUGCCAUCCAUACCACUGCUGUUACUGCCUUUACUUAGCUCUUUAGAUCCGCAAGCCUUUGAUACCAGAAUAAAAUCCACCACGUACGCAGUUUGCUCUUAUAACUUCAUAUGCGGACCUGUGACACAAGCGUGUGAGAAUUCUGUUUCAUUUCAAUAUUAGCAUAUCUCCAUUGGGAUCUAAAUGGUUAAGCAGCCAACAGGUGUGCAAAUAUCUACAAAUAUUUUUAGCUGCAGUAUUUAUUCCUUUGUGUCUGAUGCACUGUUGAAUCAGCAGCUAGAAUCAGCUGACUUUCACCCUUUAAUGUGCCAUCUAUGUAAAAACGAGAGUGUUUUCUUUUAUAUAUUUAAUCUAGGUGGACAGUAUAUUAUUGUCAGCCUCUGUGGAACAUUUGAACUAUUCCAAUGUCAGUGUUGCUACAUAGUGCUUUAGAAGGAGCAUUAGCUUUGGCCAUGCCAACUGAUUUUCUUUGAAAGGGAUGUAUUAGAAAACCAUCCGUGGAUUUUUUAUAAACCUGCUGCCCCAUUUCAGAAAGCCUGGACCUUACAACUGAUGAGAAGGAAACAAUUACCAGUCAGGUACUAUAGUUUAGAUCUUUCUUCUGCUGUGUGUAUUCAGCAUAAGAAGUAGGUAAGUGAUAGAGUUUAACUUUAAAACAAACAGACAGACUAAACAUAUGACUUACAUAGUGUUGUUGUAGCUGUGUUGGUCCCAGGAUAUUAGACACAGGUGGGUGAGGCCAGACCUGAACAAAAGCUCCAUGUAAGCGUGAAAGCUUUUCUGUCCAAUAAAUGCUAUUACCUCACCCACUUUGUGUCUCUAAACAUAUGACUGGUUUAUAAAAACUUUGCUUGAAUUGACUAAGCUCACACUGAAAAAGUGUGAUUGUACACUCUAUGAAAUGGAAUCUCACCAUUGUCCCCAGCAAAACAGUGUUUCUAAUGCCCUUUCUUAACAUCUGUAAAUAUAGAAGAAAAGAGACAUAUUUACUGAUACUGAAAGUUGUGUUUAAUGCUGAGUAUUUUUCAAAAGUUCUUUUUGGUUUGAUGCAUAUUGAUUUUUUUUUUUUCCUGCUUGAAGUGUCAAAAGACUUAACAGAAGCCAAAUUAUAUUUUAACAUGAUGCUGAGCACUUUUAAAAUUUGUAUUUGUGUGUGUAUGUGUUUGCGCACUGAAUUCUAGAUUUUGGUGGCAUCUCACUGUUGUGAUUUCAUUGCCAGUGUAAAAAGGUUCUGGUGUUGCCCAUUCAUUUCUGGAGACAGAAUUCAGCCAAAUAAAGUGCUUCCAUUGGAAAGCGAAUAUUGAUCUUGUAACCAUGAAUGAAAAGUUAUCUACAUAUUUAAAUAAACCUUUCAUUUGACCUGCCAUUU